AAUGCCCUUCGCUCUGUUUAAAUCCCUGUGCCUCGGGGUGUUGAGCGGCAUUUCUGAAAGGGCUGUUAGGCAUGGGGAUGGGCUGCCCGGGGAAGUGGUUGAGUCACCGUCCCUGGAGGUCUUUAAAAGUCGUUUAGAUGUAGAGCUUGGUGAUGUGGUUUAGUGGGGGACUUGUUAGUGUGAGGUCAGAGGUUGGACUCGGUGAUCUUGGAGGUCUCUUCCAACCUAGGUGAUUCUGUGGUUACAAAGAUUUAAAACAUAAAAGGUGGGGAGGGAGGUCGCCCGGCCUCGUGGAUUUGCGGGUGUAGAACUGAGGGCUUGACUUCCUUGCCUGGUGGCCGGGGCGAGCGCUCGCGCGUGACUUGGAGCAGUCACAAGACGUCUUCAGGCUGCUGUGGUGGCUUCCAGUGCUGAGGCAACCCCACGGGCACGCGGCGGGUCCCAGCAAGUGCGGCGCUGAGCGAUGGCAACGCCUGUGGGUGCUCUGGCCCAUCCUCUGUGCCCACCCUCUGUGGCCCUGUAGCUGUUUCCUCAUUGCCUGCUCCCAUGUGAGAGCAGGUACGGGUGGAAACAGGCACCUGGAGAGUUUGUCAGCCCAAGCAGCAGGGGGGCAAAACGGGUGUUACGGUCUCUUCUCCCUAACAAUGCUGCUCCUCCUAAAAGAAGUCCUAAAGCAGAGUGCAAUGUGGCGUGGGUGACUAAAGAAAAGAAACACAAAGACAGAGGAAUCUGUUCUCUUUAGAAGAGAAGCAGGGAUUCCUCAAGCACUGUCUUGCAUUGCAGUCUCCUAUAGGAAACAAACAUGUUAUGGUGCGGGAAGGGGCAGCGGCAGAAUCUUUACUUCAGAAGAUUAAAAUUAAACUGCGCAUCGUUAGCAUGCUUCCAUGACUGUUCAAUGUAUGAAAUGUGGAAAGUAAGGUCAAUAAACACGCUGAAUAUUGUAUCUUCAGCUUCAUGUGGGAGAAUACAGAAGAUUAUGAUCUACAAACAGACAAGCCAAAAAUACUGGCUCUUAGUAAAAAUCACGAACUGUUCGUCUAUGAAUUCACUACGGAAGAUGGAAAAUAUGACCCGAUUUCCCUGCACAGUUGUAAGGAAGACAUGCUUAAAAAGCUCCUCGAAGUUAAAAAUAUUAGUCUUUCUUCAAUAUUGUCUUUGAGGAUACUGUCUUUUAAAGACAACAGAUGCCUACUUCUGCUCAAUAACUUAAUUGUUGUGCAUCUUACCUUUCCUGGAGAAGAUUCGUCAUUAGAGACAUGUGAUUGCGUUAACCUUGAUUUGCCACCGCAAGUUUUGGAAAGAAUAACAGAUAUAAACUUCUGCAGGGGAAUUCUGUUUUUUUUAGACAGUUCUGGCUGGAUUUACAUAUUUGAUUCUUUUGAUGGUGCAAAUCUAGCAAACAUUGAUGUAGCACUCUGCCAGGGAGGUGUGCAGGAUGGGAACAGGAGUUCAGCCAUGACACCACCACUCACUGCAGUAAAAGUGUCAUAUGAUCUCAGUGUUGCUGUGAUCAUCAAUUCUUCCAACAGUGCCAUUUCUGUGGAUCUAAACAAGUACUUCAGACAAUUCCCUGGGCAUUUGAUCUGUAAAAGAGAUUCUGAAAGUCUUCCAGUGAAGCCACCUGAAGGUCUUGAUGAGGAUGACCUUGCUAGUUCUGACUACAGUAUGGAGCUUAUGUCACCGUCUUUCCGUGUGGACAGGUCCUGGAAGGCACACUUAUCCUCACUACGCAAUACAAUCAGGAAGAGAAGACCACGUUCUCCAAAUUUGGCGUAUGACACGAAUUUACCUUGGUUUCAGUAUUUUACCCAUCUUGAAGAUCAUGAUCCCUUAAUCUAUGAAACUGCUGAGAAGGUGCUGGCUGUUGUUCCAAAGGCUGUUUGGUGUGUCCCUUCCAAACCCUUACAAAGCAGUGGUACAAAUCUCAGUGAUUCAAGGCAGCACUGGAAACAAAUCUGUGUAGAAGUACCACAAGAAGUGGUGAAACUGGAGUGUAAAUCUGUAACUGGAGCUAAAGCACUGUUUGUAAUAUUAACAAAUGAUGAAAGAUUGACUCUUGCUCUCUGGGAUUUCGAGUCACAAGAUGUGACUUAUUACCACUUCAGCAAAGAUACUGUUUAUGUGGAUUGUAACGAAGACGUGCCGUUAUGUCUGCUUCUGACAGAGCAUGGUCUUUCCUUAAUUCUGUUUGGUUUAACUCAAGAAGAGUUUUUGAAUAGAUUGAUGAUCUAUGGCAGUGCUGGAGUCGUAGAUUCUGUUUGUCAUCUCAAUGGAUGGGGACGAUGUUCGAUUCCAAUACAUGCGCUAGAGGCUGGUUUGGAAAAUCGUCAACUAGACACGGUAGACUUGUUUUUAAAAAGCAAAGAAAGUCUUUUUAAUCUUUCUGCACCCUGCUCUGGACCUGAACAGUCUACUGAUAGUGCGUCUCAGUCUUUUCUGAGAAAUUUGGAAGAGCUUAGGCCAGCUUUAAACUUACUUGGCUCAGCAAUCAGAGAAAAUGAUAUGGAGCCUCAGAGUAAACACUUUUCUGAGCAGCUGCUAAACCUCACGUUGACUUUCCUUAGCAAGCAACUUGAAGAAAUUUUUGUCCACACAGAGGAACCUGAUGAAUACUUGCAGAAGGCUGCAGAUACUUUAACUGAUUACAUUAUUGAACUUAGGACAUUUAUGAAAAAUUACCCUCGGCCACAAAUAAAUAUUGCAGAUGUAGGAAGUGAUCUUGAUGAAGAGCUACCUGCAGUAGAAGAAAGCCAAAUGUGGGAAAAACUGACACCAGAGGAAGUCAUUGCUGAGGCCAUCUUAAGCAACAAAAUGCCAGAGGCCCAGACCUUCUUCCGAAUGCAUCAGCAUCCUGCUCAAAGCCUUCAGGAAUUUAUUCAGACAGGUUUGAAUCUGGUCUAUGACCGUCUUCUGAAGAACGAUACCAGAGAGGCCUCGGAACUUUUAAGAAAUAUGGGCUUUGAUGUGAAGCGGCAAUUGCAUAAGAUAUGUUUCUACACAGUUGAUAAACAUGUACGAGAUUUGUUGGUGAAAGUUUUACAAGAAGAAAAUUAUUUUUCUGAAAAAGAGAAGAAAAUGAUAGACUUUGUGCAUCAGGUUGAAAGCUUUUACUCGGAGUCCUUCCAGGAAAAUAAAGAGAUUCAGUCUCUUUCCAGUUUAAAGAAUUGGAGAAAGGAGCAAGACUUUUCCAGACAUACAGCCGCUCUAGACUUGUUGAAUUGUGAAGGACAUCGGGUUCACAAUAGGGAAGUCAGAGUGAUGUUUAACUGGGCUCAGUGGUGGGAUGAGCCCAUUCAGGAAAUGAUUCUUCUACCUAAAAAAGCACGCCAAGAACUUCCCGCCUGUAAUCCUGAGGUUCUUUGGAUGCACUUGACAGCCCAGCAUGACUGGCUUAAUAUUUGUUCAUGGAUUGAAGAAUCUGAGCCCAACGAGACUUUGUGUGGACAGGCUAACUGGCCCACUCUGACUGCAGACAUUGUUGACCGAAAUAUGUUGUGUAGUGGCUACAUGAGAAAUGAUAUAUUAAACAAGCUGGCUAGAAACGGCAUUUUUGUCCUUUCUGAGUUGGAAGAUUUUGAGCUUCUGCUCCAAAGACUGGUUUACUUAGGGGGCGUACUGCAAAAUCCUCACCCUGUUCCGAAAUACUGUGCUGCAAGUGGUUUGGACUUCCACGCUCAUUUUGUCCUUCACUGUUUAGAACAUAAUUUGCAGUAUAUGUUGUACACUUACCUAGAUUACUACAGUUUGACCCCUUCAAAUUGCCCUAUUUUGGAUAACAAGGAAUUGCAUGAAGCACAUCCCUGGUUUGAAUUUCUCGUGCAGUGUCGAGGGGUUGCCAGUAACCCACGAGAUCCAAAGAUGAUUUUUCAAGCUAGUCUUGCAAAUGCUCAGAUCUUGAUUCCUAGUAAUCAAGCCAGUGUGAGCAGCAUGCUACUGGAAGGACGUACACUAUUAGCACUUGCUACCACAAUGUAUGCACCCGGAGGUAUUGAUCAGGUUCUUCGGAAUGAAGAUAUGGAAAAACCUCUAAAGAAAGUUGAUCCACAGCUCUUAAAAAUGGCGUUAAGUCCUUACCCCAAGCUCAAAGCUGCUCUCUUUCCCCCAUGUACUUCUCGUGGAAUUUUGCCACCUGACAUCUCUCUUUACCAUCUUGUUCAGACAUUAGUGCCUUUUGAUCCAACUAAAUUAUUUGGCUGGCAGUCAACAAAUACUCUUGCUCUAUCAGAUACAUCAAGUGACUUUCCUCAUUUUUCAUCCCCUGAACUGGUGAACAAAUAUGCCAUAAUGGAACGACUGGAUUUUUUGUACUAUUUGCAGCACGGACGUCCAGCAUUUGCUUUUGGUACAUUUUUGGUCCAGCAGUUAGUAAAGAGCAAAUCCCCCAAACAGCUGAUUCAACAAGCAGGAAAUGAAGCCUAUAUUUUAGGCCUUUCUUUCUUCAACAUACCUUCAGUAGGAGCAGCCUGUGUUUGUUUUCUGGAACUGCUUGGUCUCAACAGCCUCAAACUGAGAGUCGACAUUAAAGUUGCAAACAUGAUAUUCAGUUACAAAACCAGAAAUGAAGAAUCUCGGCACAAUGAAAUAAGGGAAUCUUUGGUUGAAAAGUUAACAAAGUUGGCUGAUGGUGAAAAAGCAGCAACAGAGGAAGUUCUUAUCUCCUUAGAAGAAGCCUUCUGGGAUGAAAUUGAACAUCAAGGAAUAAAGAAGACGUCUAGUGACUCUAGAAGGCAGUGGUCUUUGGUAAUGCAGUUCUGCAAACUGCAUAACACGAGACUGAGUACAUCGUACCUAAAGGAAUGUGCUAAAUCCAACGACUGGCUGCAGUUCAUCAUCCAAACCCAGCUGUACAGCUACAAGCCAGAUGAGGUCAUUUCUAUCCUUCACGGAUUCACUCCCAUUUUACAAGAUCACUUGAUGUUGGCAUUGGAGAAGUUACCGUUUUCAUGUGCUGAUGCAGGGGGUCCUGAAAACAGUGCUGCCAGUAUGUUCAAGAGCAAAAAUGUGGGUAGUCUCUUUCAAAUCCUUUUUCGAUGUCAGGAGAACUCCAACCCUUCACGUUACCUUUUGACUGAAGGAUUGAGAGAGCAUGCUCCCAUUCUGAGUGUUUUAGCAGCAUGUUUCCAAGAUGCCAACAUUAUUCAUUGUCUUUGUGUCUGGAUAAUUACUACUGUGGAUAAUGUUACCAGAUCUGAAGCAACAAACCAUAUUCAGACAUCAGUAGAAAAUCACAUAUGGGAUCUCCAUGACCUAUCACUUAUCUGGAAAGUGUUUUUAAGGAAUCAAAAAAGUAAAACACUUAUAAAGGGCUUCCAGCUAUUUUUAAAGGAUUCCCCUUUACUGCAUAUACUGGAGAUGUAUGAACUGUGUAUGAACUGUAAAAAAUACAAUGAAGCUAAAAGCAAACUGGACAAGUUUCAGGAACAGCUCACAGAACUUAAAACUUCAGACGAACCAGCAGCUUCAGAAUUACCUGUGCAAUGGCUGGAAUCACAAGCAUUGUUUCUUCUUGAAUUGAUGAUGCAGCAAUGUAGAACAGAAUAUGAAUUAGGAAAGCUCUUACAGCUGUUUGCUGCAACAGAUAAUCUACUCGAUGGCCCUUAUGUGAAGAAACUCUGCGCACUCAUUGAAACCCUGAAGGAUUCCUCCGUAUCAAUUAAUCGCUCCAUCCUAACCAGUUACGAUACAGAGACAUAUCAGAAUGAGUGCAGAUCAAUUUUGGAGCAGCUACAAGAGAAAGGAAUGUUCUCACUGGCUCGGGAGGUAGCAGAAUUAGCUGAAUUGCCUGUGGAUCAUGUAGUUACCCAAGAGGUUCUAAGAGAUCUACAUCUUUUAAGAGACAUUGGAGAGUGGCAACUAAAACAGACAAGAAUUAAAUUCUGGAAAAAAUGUAAUGACAACUUCAUGAAAAAUUCAAUCUCCAGCAAAGCUGCAUCUGAUUUUUUUUUGAAUCAGGCAAACACGGUGUAUGAAUCAUCAGUUCAUGAGAAGAUAAAUAGCAUUAUGGAGAGACAUCUGUUGCUUACCUUAGCUGGCCAUUGGCUAGCCAAGAAUGAGUCAGUGUCACUGGACAAAUUAGAAGAAAUAGAGAAGCAGAUCUGGAUUUGUCGCAUCACACAACAAACGUUAUCCGCAGGUGAAGGGUCAGGCAAGUCAAGACUUUCCUUCCAUGGCAUAGUGAAUAUGGAUCUUACCUUUGAUAACUUAGCUAAGGAGUUUUCUUUUUCAAAGCUACCUGCUCUGAACACACCAAACUACUUAAAACCAGAGGGUCUUGAAUUCAGAGAGUCUGAACAGACCUUGACUAAUGAUGAGAAAGAAUCACUCAAGUUUUUGAUUGGAUGCCUUCUUGAUGAAGGAAGUGUACAUGAAGCCAGCCGUGUUUGUCGAUAUUUCCAUUUCUACGACAGAGAUGUUUCACUGGUAUUGCAUUGCAGAGCUCUGGCCUCAGGGGAGAUUGGUCUAGACAAAUUACACGCAGAUAUUCAGACUCUCCUUGUAGCGAUAGAGAAGAUGUAUGAAAACAGUGCAUCGCAGCAAACCAGAAUCCCAAGCACAUCAAGCUUAGAAGACUGGACACACAUUGUUGCUCCAUCUCCAGAUGAUCAGGUUGUUGUCAGUCUGAAGGCUCUCAUAGACGAAUGUGUUCAUGGGAGAAACUACUGCAGACAGGUUCUCUGCUUAUAUGAACUUUCUAAGGAAUUGAACUGCUCCUACAGUGAAAUGUCAGCCCAUGACCCUGAAGAAGUGCUUCGAGCAAUUCUGUCAUCCCACCAGCCGGACAGAUGCAGGAAAGCUCAGGCAUUCAUCACCACGCAGGGUCUCCAGCCUGAAAUUGUGGCAGAGUUAGUGGCUGAAGAAAUCACACAAGAAUUAUUGGCAUCUUCUGAAGGCAAAGGACAGAAACAAGCUUUGAACCCCGCAGCUGAGAGUCAGGCAUUCCUACAGCUUGCUAAGCUCUGCCAGGAUCACACACUGGUUGGCAUGAAGUUACUGGAUAAAAUUUCCUCUGUACCACAUGGGGAACUGUCAUGCAUUACAGAAUUGCUGAUUUUGGCCCAUAAUUGCUUUAGUUUGACUUGCCACAUGGAAGGAAUCACUAGAGUCCUCCAAGCAGCACGGCUUCUCACAGAUGAACAUUUAGCACCUAAUGAUGAGUAUGGACUUGUGGUUCGUCUUCUUACUGGAAUUGGCAGAUACAAUGAAAUGACCUACAUAUUUGAACUGCUGCAUGAGAAACAUUACUUUGAAGUGCUCAUGAGAAAGAAAUUAGACCCAAGUGGGACACUGAAGACAGCUCUGCUGGAUUACAUCAAGCGUUGCCGCCCAGGGGACAGUGAAAAGCACAACAUGAUCGCCCUUUGCUUCAGUAUGUGUCGAGAAAUUGGAGAGAAUCAUGAGGCUGCUGCUGGCAUACAGCUUAAACUCAUUGAAUCGCAGCCAUGGGAGGAGUCUCUUCAAGAUGUUGCAAAUUUAAAGAAACUGCUGAUGAAAGCUCUGACUCUCUUUAUUGAUGCAGCAGAAAGUUACUCUAAGGACUCCUGUGUCCGACAGUCCUUGCGCUGUAGUCGGCUAACAAAGCUGAUAACCCUCCAGCUGCAUUUUCUGAACACCGGUCAGAGCACUAUGCUGAUUAACCUGAACAGGCAGAACCUGAUGGAAUGCAUCAUGUCCUUGCCUAGAUUCUAUCAAGCAGCUAUUGUGGCCGAGGCUUACGAGUUUGUUCCAGACUGGGCUGAAGUUCUGUAUCAACAAGUGAUCACCAAGGGAGACUUCAAUUACUUAGAAGAAUUUAAACAGCAAAAACUACUGAAGCCUAGCAUAUUUGAGGAGAUUGCUAAGAAGGUUAAACAACACCCACCGACUGAUGCUGCUCUGAAAAAUCUGAAGAAAUUGCUUGCUUACUGUGAAGACAUCUACAUGCACUACAGACUGGCUUAUGAUAACAAGUUCUAUGAUGUGGUAAACAUGCUCCUGAAAGAUGCACAGACUGGAUGUUGUCUUAACGACAUGCUAUCAAACUAGAAUCCAUCCAUCCUCCAUGAGGUAGAGACUGACUCUGACAGUACCAGUGCCACAACUUGCAUGGUUAGUACCAAUUCUUUAACAGAUAUUUUAUCAAUUACCUGCUUGUAAUGAUAUGCCGCUAUGUGAAAGUAACUCCAGAAAACUGGUGGUGGUUGUAAAUAUUUAAAAUGCUGAUACUGUAUUAACCUAAAAGCAUUUUGUAUAAUAAAUCCUACUGUUUACAAAAUACUCGACUAAUGGCAAAUACAGGCUGGAACAGUCGAUGAUGAACCUCAGAGAUCCAGCAGCCCUUUAGUUUAGGGGCGUGGAUGAUGGAUCGCCAUAGGAAAUAAGUAGAAUUAGCAGGCUCCUUUGAAAGUUUAGGUGCAUGCUAAAUAACCUAUUGUUUUGUGUGUUCUCUGAUUCCACUCUCAUUAGCCUGUUUUUGUUUUCUAGCUUAAGUGAUAAGCUGAAAGUCUCGUACAACAGCAUGUACUUAACGUAGUUGCUACUGUAUUGGCAUGCUUAGACAGGCCUACUGGGCAGACAGUUGGUAUUGAGGCCUUAACAAGAGCUAGCAACCCAAGUAUUCUGCCACUUAGAUCUCUGGGGUAAGUUUAGAAGACCAGGGACAUGUAACGGGAUAAUACCUGAACAGUGCUUCACACAGCCGUCAGAGUCUAUCUAAUCCAAAGACUUUAUCUCCUGCACAAAAGGGGUGGGAGGGACUGUAGCAUAAAAACAGCUUCGAAGUAACAUUAGUCACAUUAAGCAAUGAUACUGUACUAUCGCUAAAUAUUAAACAUUAUCCUGGCAACAAGGUUGCUAUGGCAAUUGUAUUUUUAAUUAGCAAAGGCAUGCUAAGUUGGAUUUCUAAGUCAGAUUUGUAUCUUAACAAGCUCCCUUUGGUUGCUGAACAGUCACGCUAGCAACCUUUGCAUAUGACAUAUUACUUGCAUACGGGUAUAUAAAGUACAAGUCAUAGCGCCUUUGAUACACCUUUAAUAAAAGAUUAAGUAGCAAAGAUUAUGCCUGAACAGAACACUGUAUUUAAAAUUCCAGUUCUAGUCAGUCUCAUAAGACUAAAUUAGAAUAAUCACAGCCAGCUCAGUCUAAGUUAAAUAAUGACUAGCAGCUUUUAAAGUUCAAUUUAAAAGUUUCUAGCAUGAAAAGAGAACCUCCUUCUGCAAAUCCCCAGUCCUGAUUAAAAAUUUGGGACCGCUAAUACUGGGAAGCAGAACUCCUGCCUUGUAGAAGCACACAUGUAUCCUAUCCAUAUUAGGAACAAACACGUGAGUAAGCCAUAAGUAAGUUGUAAAUGCAAGACUGACUUCUUAUAAUAAGUGUCAACUGCCAGCUGAAAUAGAGCUGCGCUGUUAAGGAGGCUGCCCUGAAAUGUUUCUAAGGUGAGUACAAGCUACUGACCUCAGCACUUCCAGCAACACGGAUGUUUAAGUUCACUAUGGAAAUGCAAAAGUAUUUUGUUUAUCAGCAGCAGCUGUACAUCUUAAUUUAAGGAAAGCUGUUUUACAGGAAUGAAAUCUUGCACCUCUAACACCAGAGAAGCGGCAAGUCAGAGCAAAGUCUAGACUUAGUAACAAGCAGCCAGCAGUAUUCACCUCAUUUUUGCAACUCUCUUCAAGUACUGACAUUGUAAUACACUGAAAGAACAGGUCCAAAGACAGCUAUAGUGAAGUCCUCACAAUAGUGAUUUUUAUUAAAUUAGUUGCUUUAUAAAACAUUGCAGAUGUCAUAAUUGUUAACGUAACAAUUUGCCCAACUGUAGUAACUGUUGCAGUUUGCUAAGCAAGUUUUUUUUAAAUGAAAGAAAAUGGCUGAGUCGUGAAAGAUUUACCACAGCCCAUGAGAGACCAAAAGGAAGUCUUGUUUUUUACACUUAAACCAGGCAAUUAACUGUUAAAGAAUACCCAACCCAUACAGCUGCAUUAGUAGAAAUUUAGAUAAAUGGAAACUAAACUUCAUACUCAUCUUUUUUUAUUUUUUCAAAUAAGGAACUCUUUCCUUGUUCUGACCCAGACAAGUGUUCUGUUUAAAUGUCAAGCUUUGAAGUAGUGGGUAUCUCAAGUGAUGCAUUCCAUGUGCAGUAUCCUUACUCUGAAGUUAGCAGUUUCCCUUCACAAUAUACUGAAAACCUCAAGCUCUAACUUAAGACAAAGCAAUUGUAAUACUAAGUGCACACCAUGCCCUUGCUGCAAACUGCUUUUGUUCAUCAAACAAUUCAUUCAAGGAGCUACAGUUAAGGCCAUGUCAUUGAACUGUGCUGGUAAUAAUACUUUGCCUUGUUGAAAUUCAUUUCCAAUUUAGUGGCUGUUACUAUAAAAAUCAAAUAGCAACAAUACCGUUAUCAGAAUGCUGUGUAGUAGUUGUUU